AUGGACCCUCUGGAAAAAUUAAAUGAUUUAGAUCGAAUCAGCCUUACCCCUGCACAACACAAUAACAACCACAAUAAUAGUAAUUCGAGCAACAGUAAUAACCGCCAUAGGUUAAGAGCUAAUAGUAGUGAAAACUUUCAACGACAUAGAAAUUCUUAUGGACAGAAAAAUAAGCAAGAUGACCGACUUCAGCAUAAUCGUACAGAAUCUACAGAAUUUGUGACAAAGGCUCAAUAUGGCCUUAUAAAUGUAAUUGGUAAAGGUUCAUUUGGUGUCGUUUAUAAAGCAGUGAAUAGACAGACUAAUCAGGUUAUUGCUAUAAAGCAAGUAAAUUAUGACAAUGAUGAAGAAUUAAAUGAUAUAAUGUCUGAGAUAAAUCUCCUGAAGAACUUAAAUCAUAAGCAUAUAGUCAAAUAUCAUGGGUUUAUGCAAAAGUCUGAUACGUUGUAUAUUCUUUUAGAAUAUUGUGCCCAUGGAUCAUUGAAAAAUCUUAUAUCCUCUUCUAAGGGAAUUCCAGAGAAGGAUGCACAACAAUAUAUUAUUCAAACUUUAUAUGGGUUAGUAUAUUUACAUGCUCAAGGUGUGAUCCAUCGAGAUAUUAAAGCAGCGAAUAUACUAUUAGACAAAGAUAAUACUGUAAAGUUGGCUGAUUUUGGGGUUUCAACAAGAGUGGGGAAUGCAACUAUGGCUAUGACAUUAGCAGGAUCCUUAAAUUGGAUGGCACCUGAAAUUUUAGGUAAUAAAGGAGCUUCAACAUUAAGUGAUAUUUGGUCAUUAGGUGCUACUGUAGUAGAACUUAUAACUGGUAAUCCGCCAUUUCAUAAUUUGGUUGAUAUAAAUAUUUAUUAUGCGAUUGAAAACGACAACUAUAUCCCCCCUGAAGGUGCAUUUUCAGAGACUGCAAUUGAUUUUCUUAAUCUUUGUUUUAAGAAGAAUAUGUAUAGAAGACCAACUGCUCAACAAUUAUUGAAUCAUAAAUGGUUACAACCCAUGACUUCUCCAAAAAAUUCUGAUAAACAAAAUUCUUCACCUCAAAGGGAAAACCUUUUUGAUACAAAUAAGAUUAAAAUAGAAUUACAACCGCCAUCACCACCUAGGGCAAUAAAUAAUAACGAACCAGAUAAUGAACCAAAUACCAAUAAAAGAUUAUCCAGGUUUGAGAGAAUGAAGAAAGAUAAUGAAGAAAUUGAGACAAAUUGGGAGAAACUUUUCAAAGAAACUAAAGGAGAAGUAUCCAAUUAUGACGCUUUCUUAGAUCCAAACAUGUCACCAGAAAGGAAAAGAAAUUCGCCUGUUCCACCAGCAACUCCAUUUUUCAAACAUGAAUCUGGAUCAAUAUUCCCUAAGCAUUCAUCAGUGGCCAUUCCUAAACCAGAGUUUGAACUAAAGUCAAAUACUAAUGAUAAUCAUAAACGUAAUUCUAUUUCCAAAUCACAUUCACCAACGCCAUCCAAGACUUAUUCAGAUGAUCUUACUAUGAUACAAGCAGGUCAUUCAUUACCGGACAUACACUCACUCUUUGAACAAAAUGAAAUUGAAGAAAUAGUAAUGGCAAUGUUUACAUAUUUCAUGACUACUUAUCAUAAUAAUAUAGAGCAAACAAAUCUCCUCUUACCUAUAUUCCGAUAUGAUACUGAAAACAAAAAUUAUUUAUUACAACAAAAGUUUAUCACAAUGGGCGGAUUACCAUACGUUAUUAAUAAUGAAGAGUUUCUAAUAAAUUGCUUUAUCCAAUUUUUACCACCAAAUUCGUUUUUCUUCUAUAAAGUCUUAAUUGAGACUGGCAUUAUGAAUAAUCUAACAUUUAUGAAAUUGAAAAAUCAAACAUUAAUUUUGAAAUUAGUCUUCACAUUUUUAGAGGUAACUUCCAUAAAAUUUUGGUCCAAUUGGUGUAUUAAUAAUUUUGAUACAAAUUUAUUAAUUACUAAUGGAUUUUUCCAUAAAAAGAUAUCUCAAACACUAAUAUUAAAAUUAUUAAUCAAUACCAAAUGGUAUGGUAAAAUUUUUCUUAAAGAUUUAUAUUCUAUACCUCCAACAUCGAUACUAUCGAAUAAAAAGACAUUUUAUUUUGUGUUUAAAACAAUAGUACAUACAUUUUUCCCCUUACCUAAUAAUAUUGAUAUUCAUAAUACCGGUAACAACAACAAUAACAUCAAUAAUAGUAAUAGCUUAUCUACAAAUAACAGCCAACACAAGUUUGAAUUCAAUGAGAAUAUAAGAAGAAAAGUAACUCCAUUAUCUUCGAGGGAAUCAUCUAAUACAUCCUCAUCUAUUCCUUUAAUGGAAGACAAUAUGGAAUUAGGGAUAGCUCCAAAAUUGCAAUAUAGUAAUUCUCAAUCCUCAAAUUCAACGAAGUCUAUCAGUUCAAUAAAUAACAGACAAAGUCAUAGUUCCAGCAAUAGUUCAAGCGGUAUUUUAAUACCAAAACAUCGUAAGAAUACUUCUUCAGCACAAUUAGAUUCGCCUUAUCAUCACCAUAGUAGUAAUAAUAGCAAUAAUAACAAUGGCAAUUCUCAAAUCAAUUACAGCCCAGAUAGGGCUUCCACAUCUACCCCAACUUUAUCCAUAGGUUCAUCUUCGACAUCUAUUGGAUCAUCACUUACAAAUACUAAUCUUUCAUCAGCAAUACCUCCGGCUCUAAACAGAGGAAACAACUUCAUGAGCAUCAAUUAUAAUAGUCAUCAUCACCAUCAUCAAUUAAAUAUUCCAGUGGAGUUUUAUGAAUGGUUAUUAAGUUUCUUAGAAGGGGAUCCCUUUAAGAUAAUUAGUGAUUUAAAAUAUUGGAAGUAUUAUAUCACUAUUUGGUAUAAUUUAACUUUACAAAAGGGUUUCAGCUCCAAAUAUUUCCAAGAAUUACAAAUGAAUCAUAAUUUUAGUAAAUUAUUAAUUAAUAUAACGAACGAAAAAUUAGUCAAGAAUGAAAGAUUAAAUUUAAUAUUAAAUGAUUUAGUGAUAAUUGUUAUCAAGAUAACUGAAGAAUUAAAUAACGAUUUAACAAUCAAGUUUUUCCAAAUAGUGAUUCGUUUGAUCAAUGAACCUAAUGUGAAUGAUGAGGCAUUAAUAUGUUUAAUCAAUUCAUUUUUUUUCAUUGGCUAUAAUAAACAUAAAUUUCAAAUUUCCAAACAAUCUUGGGAUUCGAUAAAUAUUAGAUUCCCACUUCAAGAUACAAAUUAUAUCAAUAGCAAAAAUGAAGAGGAUAAUUCUAUCACAUUAAACAGUUAUGAUCUGAUUGGUCCGAUUUACACUCAUUCCAUCAGUCUAAUAAGCAUCGAAGGUUAUAUAAAUCGUUUCAAUCGUAUCUUGUCGAUGGAUUUUUUCGAUUUUAUUUGCUACGAUAUGAUAAAUGAACCUAACUUCAAUACUUUAAUACAAACAGCGUUCCAAAAAAAUUUCAAAAAUAUUAUUAUAGAGAUUGAAUUACUGAAGAUGUUAAAGAUUCUUUUCAUUCAAAGUUUGAAAUAUAACAAUAUCAAGGAAAGUUUCGAAUAUUAUAUCACUAAACAUAAUAUUCAAUUCAAUGAUCGUAUUCAAGAGGGAAAAUUCAUUAACGAGUACCAUCUAAAUUACGACAAUGUUUAUUUCAAACAUUGUGGUCAUUGUUAUGAAUAUAAUAACCAUAAUAUAAAGAUUUUACCAAGUACUUUAAUGAUCCAAGAAAAUAUGAAACAGAUCUUGGCAUUCCUCUCCACUUUCUGGCCACAUACCCAAAGCCUCUCUACCAACUUCACCGCUUCUACUGCUACUGCCAAUACAACUGCUGCAAGUAAAUCCACUGAACACAAAUAUACACAUCAUGAUACUGCUGCACAAUACUCUUCCACUUCAGUACUAGUAAGUCAACUAUGUGACGAUCUAGAACAACUAUCUCUCACUCACAACCCUCAAUAG